AUGGGUGAAUGCCCGGUUCACAACAAAUCCGCCAACGUCGCUGGCCAUGGCACCAGGAAUCGUGACUGGUGGCCAGAGAACCUGAAGCUCAACAUCCUGCGUCAGCACACCGAGGCUACCAACCCUCUGACCAAGGAGUUUGACUAUGCUCAAGCCUUCAAGAGCCUUGAUUACUAUGCCCUCAAGAAGGAUCUUCACAGUCUGAUGACUGACUCUCAAGACUGGUGGCCCGCCGACUUUGGCCACUAUGGUGGUCUUUUCAUCCGUAUGGCCUGGCACAGCGCCGGUACCUAUCGUGUCUUCGAUGGCCGUGGCGGUGGUGGCCAGGGCCAGCAGCGUUUUGCCCCUCUGAACAGUUGGCCCGACAACGUCAGUCUUGACAAGGCCCGUCGUUUACUCUGGCCCAUCAAGCAGAAGUAUGGUGACAAGAUCUCUUGGGCCGAUCUGCUGCUCCUGACCGGUAACGUCGCCCUCGAGUCCAUGGGUCUGAAGACCUUUGGUUUCGCUGGUGGUCGUGCUGAUGUUUGGGAGGCCGAUGAGUCUGUCUACUGGGGUGGCGAGCGUGAGUGGUUCACCAACGAUGUUCGCUACGCACCGGAGACUUCCGAACAGGAGAAGAAGCAGGGCGAUAUCCGCACUCGCGAUCUUGAGGACCCACUAGCUGCCGUUGUCAUGGGCCUCAUCUACGUCAACCCGGAGGGCCCCGAUGGAAACCCCGACCCCGUUGCGGCAGCCCGCGAUAUUCGCAUCACCUUCGGCCGCAUGGCCAUGAACGAUGAAGAAACCGUUGCUCUCAUCGCCGGUGGUCACACCUUCGGUAAGACUCACGGUGCCGGCCCCGCUGACAACGUCGGCAAGGAGCCGGAGGCUGCCGGUCUCGAGUGUCAGGGACUCGGCUGGACCAGCUCCCACAACUCCGGCAAGGGUGCCGACACCAUCACCUCGGGUCUUGAGGUGACCUGGACUAAGACUCCUACCAAGUGGAGCAACAACUUCCUCGAAUACCUGUUCAAGUUCGACUGGGAGCUCACCAAGUCUCCCGCUGGCGCCAACCAGUGGACCGCUAAGAAUGCCGACGACAUCAUCCCCGAUGCCUAUGAUGGCAGCAAGAAGCACAAGCCUAAGAUGCUGACCACUGAUCUGUCUCUCCGCUUUGACCCUGCCUACGAGAAGAUCUCCCGUCGCUUCCUGGCCAACCCUGACCAGCUCGCUGAUGCUUUCUCCCGCGCCUGGUUCAAGUUGCUCCACCGUGAUAUGGGCCCUCGUGUCCGCUGGCUCGGCCCUGAGGUUCCCCAGGAGACUCUCCUGUGGGAGGACCCCGUUCCCGCUGUCAACCACCCUCUGAUUGAUGUCGAGGAUGUUGCUGACCUCAAGCGCGAGAUCCUGGCCUCCGGCCUCGAGCACACCAAGUUCAUCUCCGCUGCCUGGGCCUCCGCCUCCACCUUCCGUGGCGGGGACAAGCGUGGUGGCGCUAACGGUGCCCGUAUCCGCCUGGCUCCCCAGAACAACUGGCAGGUUAACAACCCUGCUCAGCUUCGUGAGGUCCUUGCCGUUCUCGAGGACGUCCAGCGUCGCUACAACAGCUCGCAGACUGGCAACAAGCGUGUCUCUCUCGCUGACCUGAUCGUUCUGGCCGAGAAGGCCGCCGGUAUUCCCGUCCCCUUCACCCCUGGCCGCAUGGAUGCCACCCAGGAGGAGACCGAUGUCGACUCCUUCCGCUGGUUGGAGCCCGUCCACGACGGCUUCCGCAACUACGGCUACUCCAGCAUCCGUGUCCGCAGCGAGCAGAUGCUUGUCGACAAGGCCCACCAGUUGACCCUCACUGCUCCCGAGAUGACCGUCCUCGUUGGGGGUCUGCGUGUUCUGGGCGCCAACUGGGACCGCUCCAACUUGGGUGUCCUGACCCAGCGUCCUGGCCAGCUGACCAACGACUUCUUCGUCAACCUGCUCGACAUGAGCACCGAGUGGAAGUCCGCAAACGCCAACAACGACACCUUCGAGGGUGUCGACCGCAAGACUGGUGCCAAGAAGUGGUCUGCUUCCCGCAACGACCUGAUCUUCGGUCACCACGCCGAGCUCCGCGCUCUGUCAGAGCUGUACGGUAGCCACGACGGCCAGUCCAAGUUUGUUCGUGACUUCGUCGCUGCUUGGGAUAAGGUCAUGAACCUGGACCGCUUCGAUGUGGUCUACGGCUCGACCAUCUCUGGUCGUCCGGCCCGUCUGUAA